AUGAACCUCAUUAACAUGGACGCGGAGAACCGGGUGGUUCUGAACGUGGGCGGGAUAAGACACGAAACCUACAAGGCGACGUUAAAAAAGAUUCCGGCUACGAGGCUGUCGAGGUUGACUGAAGCACUCGCUAACUACGACCCCAUCUUGAACGAGUAUUUCUUCGACAGACAUCCUGGAGUCUUUGCACAAGUUCUCAAUUACUACAGGACAGGGAAACUACAUUAUCCUACUGAUGUCUGCGGACCACUCUUUGAAGAGGAGCUGGAUUUUUGGGGCCUUGAUUCCAACCAGGUCGAACCUUGCUGUUGGAUGACAUAUACCCAGCAUCGAGAUACGCAGGAGACUUUGACAGUUCUAGACAAGUUAGACCUGGAUACAGAAAAACCAAGCGAUGAAGAACUAGCGAGAAAGUUCGGAUUCGAGGAGGCCUACGUAAAUGGCACUCUAACGUGGUGGCAAAAGGUCAAACCAAAAGUGUGGUCACUUUUUGAUGAACCCUACUCCUCAAAUGCUGCCAAGAUAAUCGGCGUAAUAUCCGUGUUCUUCAUCUGCGUCUCUAUUCUCUCGUUCUGUCUGAAGACCCACCCUGACAUGAGGGUACCAAUAAUCGUCAACAGGUCGGCAAAGGUUGGUAACGAGACAAAGUGGGUGUUGGACAAGACACACACGAAUGCCCACGACGCCUUCUUCUACAUUGAGUGCAUCUGCAAUGCCUGGUUUACACUCGAGUUCCUCAUAAGAAUAACAGCAAGUCCAAAUCGCUGUGACUUCAUCAAAAGCUCGGUCAACCUGAUCGACAUGAUUGCGACUUUGAGUUUCUACAUCGAUCUGGCCUUGCAAAAAUUUGCCUCACAUUUGGAGAACGCAGACAUCCUCGAGUUCUUCAGCAUCAUCAGGAUCAUGAGGCUCUUCAAAUUAACAAGGCAUUCUUCGGGAUUGAAAAUCCUUAUACAAACAUUCCGUGCCUCCGCAAAAGAACUUACCCUCCUGGUGUUCUUCCUGGUGCUCGGCAUCGUCAUCUUCGCGAGUCUGGUUUAUUACGCCGAGCGUAUACAGUACAAUCCUAAAAAUGACUUUAAGAGCAUACCGCUCGGCCUCUGGUGGGCUCUGGUCACAAUGACCACCGUCGGCUAUGGCGACAUGGUACCCAAAACAUACGUGGGGAUGUUCGUCGGCGCCCUCUGUGCCUUGGCCGGCGUACUCACGAUCGCCCUGCCAGUGCCCGUGAUCGUCAGCAAUUUUGCGAUGUAUUACAGUCACACGCAGGCGCGAGCUAAGCUCCCGAAGAAGAGACGUCGAGUUCUACCGGUGGAGCAACCCCGGGUUCGGGCACCCGGGGCCCCGGGGGUCGGCGCACCUGGAAGCGGACCUCCAGGUAGCGGACCACAAGCCGCAGUAACUAUAUUGAAGUAUUCAAAAUGCGAGAAAAACAACAAACUUGAUCUCCAAAUGCAUUAUACUCAUUUCAGAGAAAUUGAUUUUCUCGACACCAGACGAAAAUUUGACUACUAUGAUGACAGGAGAAACUCCAACCUGCGAACCAACGGGACCAAGACAACCGGAGGGUUGGGGUAA